AUGACUGCUUCUCUUACCGAGUCUGUCAUGGACACAGCAGAGGCAUCCGUUGCGUUCAGCUGUCUUCGUUACAUAGGAGGAGGUGGUUGUUUGGAGUUCGACAUUGUGAGUGCCAAACUCCGACCAGAUCUUCCGCCGCUGAAAGAGAGCACCGCGAACUUUGCAUUGGUCGCCGCCAACUCCCCACGCACCGCCUCCAGUUUUUUGGUGAAUUCUCCCAUUCUCUGCAGUCAAUACAUUGCGGAUGGUGAUAGACAUCGGGAUGUCGCAUUCGUGAAAAUCCACGAACCCUUCGAAGGUACUUUGAACUUGUUCAAAUACCAAAACACGCCUAUCAAAGACACAGCUGUGCUGGGCGUUGUUGGUUAUCCCGGAAGCUCCCGCUGCCGUGUUGCUUAG